ACUCUGAUUGCUGGGGGAGAUGGCAUUUCUGAUCAAGAGCCGCAAUCCCUGAUUAAUCUGAAGUACAUUGAGUUUGGUCACCUAAACUGAUUCUUGUUCACAGCCUGGUCUGACCAGAUCGGGGAAAUCGAGUCACUUAUUGCCUAAGCCUUGGUUUGAGAUAAGCCAGCCGUGUCAUACACACUCCCAGCAGCCAUGGCUUCUUCAACGGCCUGUGUGUCCAGGGUGAAUGUGUUCAACCCUCUGGUUCAGGGGAACGUGCUCAGUUCAAGAUGUCCUAGCACUGUCCGCCUGGCGGCUCCAGCUUUCAGGCCGUCCCUCCGAGCUUCAGCUCCCGUUACUCCUCGCUGCAGCUUCGAGGACUCGUCUUCGUCAGCAGCAUCUAAGCUCGUCAAACGGAGCACCUCUUCCAUCGUCGCGCAAGCCGCUGAAGGUGCCGCUCCUGCUCCUGCCGCUCCUGCCGCGGAGCCCACUGCCCUGAAGAAGUUUAUUGAGACCCUCACCACCCUCUUCCCACUCUGGGUCAUUCUCGGAACCUGCAUCGGUCUCGUCAAGCCUUCUGCUGUGACAUGGCUCCAAACCGACCUCUUCACAUACGCUCUCGGUUUCCUCAUGCUCUCCAUGGGUCUCACCCUCACCUUUGAGGACUUCCGCCGCUGCCUCCGCAACCCCUGGACGGUCGGAGUCGGCUUCCUUGCUCAGUACUGCAUCAAGCCACUGCUCGGUUACGCCAUUUCUCUGGCUCUGAAGCUCCCCGCUCCUCUGGCCACGGGUCUCAUCCUCGUCUCGUGCUGCCCUGGUGGCCAGGCGUCCAACGUCGCCACCUACAUCUCGCGGGGCAACGUCGCUCUCUCCGUGCUUAUGACCACUGCGUCCACCAUUGGCGCUAUCUUCAUGACUCCCUUCCUCACCAAGAUUCUUGCCGGCCAGCUCGUGCCCGUCGAUGCCAAGGGUCUGGCUCUCAGCACCUUCCAGGUCGUGCUCGUGCCCACCAUCUGCGGAGUCCUCGCUAACGAGUUCUUCAACGACAUCACUAAGAAGAUCACCUUCUUCACCCCGCUUGUUGGCGUCGUUCUCACCACCCUGCUCUGCGCCUCCCCGAUCGGUCAGGUGUCCGAGGUGCUGAAGGCGCAGGGCGCGCAGCUCAUCCUGCCAGUGGCAGCGCUGCACGUGUUUGCCUUUGCCCUGGGGUACUUCCUCUCGAAGGUCUUCAACUUCAGCGAGUCCACCUCCCGCACCAUCUCCAUUGAGACCGGCAUGCAGAGCUCAGCCCUUGGGUUCCUUCUUGCCCAAAAGCACUUCUCCAACCCGCUGGUCGCUGUGCCGUCUGCCGUCAGCGUUGUCUUCAUGGCUCUGGGAGGAAGUGCUCUUGCUGUUUUCUGGCGGAACAACCCACUGCCCAAGGAUGACAAGGAUGACUUCAAGAAGUAGAGGGCCUAACAUUUGUGGAACGUUCGGGGCUGCUAGCCCCUUAUGUUUUUGCUAUCACAAUGUAGACGUUUUCUUGCUUAGAUCAAUGUGCUCAACUUUGCUAUAAGCUCAGCCUAUUUUAUAUGUAUUUUCUGCUAUUCUAUGUCU